AUGAGCAAACCAGAAGCCGCUUUCGAUGCAAGCAAAGUUCAAACUUAAAUUGGUUUAAGAAUCAGAGAUUUACCUGAAUCUUGCACUGAUGAAUUAUUAUUCGCUCAAGUAUUUUAGAAGUUGAAAAUCGAUACUAAGAAGGUCAAGGCCUACAAAGUUAAGGGUCACAAGACUUUCUUCAAUUGUUUGGGUAAUGGUAUCGUUUAUUUCGAUUCCGAAGAAGCUGCUCAAGAUGCUAUGUCCAAGAUGAUCGGAUUUUAACUCCACAACAAGGUUAUUAGCUGCAGUCUUAUGAUGCCUACCUCAGAUUUGAAGUUAAAGAACGGCAAGAACAUCUACGUUAAAAAUUUGAAGAGUACUGUAACUCAAAAGCAAUUCUACGAUGCUGCCCACGCUCACGGUUAGGUUUUAUCUAUUCUCUUAAAAUAAAACUCUCUUGGCAAGCAAGACGGUUAUGCUACUUACAAAUCACAAACUUCUGCUGAAUCAGCUGAAAAGAAUGGUUUGAAAAUUGAAGAAACUGUAUACUCUGCUAAGAUUUUGAAAGAAGAAGAUAACAAGAAUAAGAGAGGUGUUAUGAACACAAACAGCAGAAAUAUUGAAUUACAUUUCGAUACUCCUCUCGUUUGUGAAGGUUUCGAUGAUGCUGACUUUGAAAACUAGUUGAGAGCUUAAAUCGUUGAAAAAUUCUAACUUCACCCUACUUCCCUCUUCGUUUGGGGUACCAGAGCUCGUCACUUUAGCAGAAACAGCGAAUAAACUCUCUAGGAUUCCUUCAAUUUAGUUAAUUCUGAAGUUACUUAGGCUUGUGGUAAUCCUGUCAACGGUGUCCAUGCUUGUCAUGAAAAACCUGUCGGUACUUCUUGCCCUGUCCUCAAUUAUUUCCACAAAAAGGCUUUCGUUUGCUUUGAUAUUAAAGCUGAAGCCCAAGAAUUCUUGAACAAGUUCUAUGCUAACUAUGUUAGUGAAACUUCUCAAAAUGAGACUGACAAGCAACUCUUUAACUUCUCUUUCAAAAAGGGAGAUAAAGAAGUUAAGGUUGCUACAGUUAGAUGUGUUCCUGAAACUGCCAACAAAGAAGAUAAGAAAUACAAGGAAUUAGAAGAAAGACUUAAUCCUAGAGUUCUUGAUAAGAGCUUCAUCUUCCUUAAGAACUUGAAGAAGGACAUUACCGUUGAAUAAAUCGUCAAGUCUAUUGAAGAUAACGCUUAAACCAAGGUCGUCUCAGUCAAGUUGAGCACUCCUACUCAAGCCACUUUUAUUAGAGAUGCCUCUAAGACCACUGACACCAAGUUUGCCACUAUCUAACUCCAAGAUAUGAGCAAAGCUAAUGAAUUUAUUACUAAAUUCAAGUAAGAACCAACUAUUAGAGAUAAGUUCAACGAUAUCUUCGAAAACUACAAAUAUGCCAACUACUUAGCCCCUAAGAAGAUGCACAAGCAAGACCUUAAGGAAAAGAAUGAAAAGAGCAAGAAGCAAUAAGGAAAUAAAUCAAGUUUACCUCCCAACGCAUUCCCUAUCCCUCCUCAAUUCUUCUAUAACUUGUUUAAUAACCAAAUGGCUUUCCCUAAUCCUAAAAAUAUCAUGCCCAUGUUCCCUUUCCCAGGAAGAUAACCUAUGACAUUCCCCAUUGGUGGUUAUUCCAACAACAAUAACUUCAAAAAUCAAUAAAACAACUAAAACAGAAAUACCAGUCAACCUCAUAAUACCUAAUUCAAUAAUUAAUAACCUAACAGACAAUAUAAUAACAAUUUCCAAGGUAACUUUAACAAGGGGAAUACUAGAGCUAACACUGUUGGUUAAAACAGAGGAUACAAUUACAAUAACAAUAAACUCCAAUAAAACAUAGGUGGUGAUUAAAAGAAGAGCUUCAACCAAAGAGGUACUGCUACUUAUAAUCAUUAGAGACAACAACAACCCCACGAUAAGAAUCGUAACAACCUCUAAAAGCCUACUGACCUUCCUGAAAAGAAAGUUCAAGCUCCUAAAGCUCCUGCUCCCAAAGCUCCUGCUCCUGCUCCUAAAUAACAAUUGUACAUUCCUAAAAUUGAAGAUCUCGUUGACAAGACUGAUGAAUAAAAGAAGCAACUUCUCGGUAAACCUUUAAUGGAAAAGGUUGGCUAAUCACUCCCUGAACACCAAAAGCCUCUUGCUGGUAAGAUUACUAAUUUACUCCUUGAUUUCGAAAUUUAUGAACCUGAAGAAAUUAUUUCUAUGCUUUCCAAUGCUGAUGAACUUAAAGAAAACAUUGGUACCGCUUUGGAACUCAUCCAAGAAAAUACUGCUUAAUGA